AUGUCUGCAGCGACCUCCGACUACCUCGAUCAAGAUCGAACCACUACUCUAGAAGUUACCACGCAGCAGACUGCGUACUUGACAUCCUCAGAGACAGUCGCUUACAGCACGGCUGAGAGUGCUUACCUCGAUCAAGAUCAAACCGCCGAGUCCACGACCACAGGCAGCGACUACUUGACAUCGAAAGAGACGUUCACGAUCGUGCCGUCUGCACCUAUCAGUCAGUAUCUGCAGACAGGGAAGACAGUCACACCUUCACCAGCCUCUGCGGCUCAAAGCGAGUACGUCCAGACCAGGGAGACAAUCCGUCCGGUCGCGACUACCUUCCUCGUUGUAUCUACUUCGCAGAGCGCAGUGAUAGUACCCAUCACACAGUCAUCGAGCGAUCGGACAACAGUGCAAUCGAAUACUCGGUCGGCCUAUCUCACGCAGGGCGACCAUACUCGCACAUCUACGUACCUUACCGUCGUAGCGAGUGCUUCCAGUACCGCGUAUGUUCCGGUAUUGGUAACAAGGACUGUGACAUCCACAUCUGGAGGACAACGACCGACAACAACAUCUGGCCAGGACGGCGCCGACUCAGAACCUGUCGGUCAUGGAAAGUCCACUGUGGUUGUAAUUUCAUGGAACCAGAGUCAGAUAUUUCUCAGCACUUAUCUAGCCGUUCUGCUCGCGGUCAUCUACCGACUGCUGUUCAGCGUGGUUCACAACAUCGAAAGCAUGAGCCCAAGAUACCUGUGCAUCCAGAUACAUUAG